AAUUUGUGUUUAAUGGGCACCGUGCGUUGCCCGUUAACGCAACCCAAUAUUUAAACGAAGAGUAGAUCAAUAGCAAAACACAAGAAAAGAGAUCAAAGAUGGAGAAGAUAGAGCACACAACAGUUGCCACAAAUGGCAUAAACAUGCACAUAGCUUCAAUAGGUACAGGCCCAGUGAUCCUCUUCCUUCACGGUUUCCCUGAGCUCUGGUACUCAUGGCGCAACCAGCUUCUCUCCCUCUCCUCCCUUGGCUACCGUUGCAUAGCCCCUGACCUCCGUGGACAUGGCGACACCGACGCCCCGCCCUCCUCCGCCACCUACUCCGGGAUCCACAUCGCCGGUGACCUUGUUGGCCUGCUUGACUAUCUGGGUAUCGACCAGGUCUUCUUGGUCGGCCAUGACUGGGGAGCUAUGAUGGCCUGGUACUUUUGCUGGUUCAGGCCAGAUCGUGUCAAGGCUUUGGUCACCUUGAGCGUGCCAUUUUUUCCCAGGAACCCAACCAUCAAGUUUGUGGAUGGCUUGAGAGCUUCAUUAGGUGAUGAUUAUUAUUUUUGCUGGUUUCAGGAACCUGGAGUAGCUGAAGAAGAUUUUGCUCGCAUGGAUACUGCAAUUCUAAUGAAGAAGUUGUUUUCAGUAUUUGAUGAUCUUCUAUUUAUACCCAAAGACAUAGGAUUUUCAGGAUUGCAAAUUUCAGAUACCUUGCCCUCAUGGUUGACAGAAGAAGAUAUUAAUUAUUACGCUAAAAAAUUCGACCAGAAAGGCUUUACUGGAGGAUUGAACUACUAUAGAGCUGCUGACCUAACCUGGGAGCUCACAGCACCAUGGACUGGAUUACAAGUCAAAGUACCAUCAAAGUUCAUUGUGGGUGACCAAGACAUCGUCUAUAAGAUGCCAGGUGUUAAGGAAUAUGUACAAAACGGUGGCUUCAAGAAAGAUGUGCCAAAUUUGCAAGAUGUAGUUGUGAUGGAAGGAGUGGCUCACUUUAUCAACCAAGAAAAGCCAGAGGAGAUCAGCAAACACAUAUAUGACUUUAUCAAGAAGUUUUAAUUGCCAUUGCCUGCAUUGGCAAUGCUAAAUUCCCGUAUGUUUGAUCUGCAAUUGAUAUUUACCUACCUUAGAGUUACCAGCACAACCUCUUAUUUAGUCAAUAAAAAGUUAGGAGAAUGUAAGUUCAUGUUCCAGUAAUUGUUUUUUGAAACUCCCCAAAGUUAACUAUAUGUUCUCUUAAUAAGGAGGUUCAAUUACUUUGUGAUUUGCAAUUAAUGACUAAUUACAGGUCGCUCAUAUGCUCCAAAGCACUAAUCUUCUAUC